GCCGUCGCGUUGCAAGUCAAGCUGCCUUGUUCAUUUGUCGCGUGCUGGAAAAGGUCUUUGGAAUCGCCCACGCUCGAUCCGACAGCCCAUUUGCGCAGCGUGGAAAACAGUACCAAGAACACCAAGGAGCCACGCCCGGUGCUUACCUCUCAAGAUGUAUGCGCGAUAUGUGCCUCCCGCCAGGGACAAAGCCUCCUCAGCCGAGGCAACCCAAAGCACUGCUGCGCCUUCGACAGGGGCGACAACUCCUCAGGCACAGGCGCCGUACGCCAGAUACACACCAUCGCUUCCCAAACCGCAGCCCGCGACGGCAGUGCUGGGAGCGACGCCUCAGCCCCGGAAAAUUGUCUUCAACUACGGUGACGACGGGCCUGCUGCUACGCCUACCCCCAAGUCGAAGCUCACUCCCUACAACUCCAGUGUUGUUGGUGGCGAGGACGACGAGCCGAGGAGGAAAAAGGCUAAGCAUCCGGCUAAACCAGACGAGACUAGUGACAAGGCGCCCAACAGCGCAAAAUCAAAAAGAAAACCGGUCAAGGACGGCGUAAAGGACGGGGGAGAGGAGCCAUCAAGACUGAAGGAGAAGAAGAAGAGGAAAAGUGAGCCCAAGGAUUACGCAGCCCAAAUCGAAGAGGAUGCAAGAUCUCCAAAGCCGGAGAAACGAGAAAGGAAAAACAAGAAAGAGAGGGCCAAGUUGGCAGACCAGGGUGAUGGGGACGGGGACGUCAAGAUGCGAGACCAGCCCGAUGUGGAGGAAGACGAGGCUGACACGGAUCCCGUCGAUUCGAGGCACAAGUCGGUACUCAAGAAGAAGGAGCUAGCGUUGAGGAGAGCUCGCAAUGCCCCAGUGGAGGCGGAUGAGCCCGACGGGCCCCUGGCUCAUCUGGAACAUGAUGGAUCCGGAGUCCACGGGCUGGAACCGCUGCCACAGCCAGCUUUCGCUGUUCUAGACACCUCGGAACCGACCUACGACACCCUACCGCCUUGGCUGGGCAAUCCUAUCCACGUCUCGCAGAGCACGCGCGCGGACUGGACGACACUGGGACUCAAGCCCGAGUUGGGUAUUUCGACCGAGAUUGCCAGCUUCCUUGAAUCCAAAGGCUACGAAAAGGCGUUUGCGGUGCAGACUGCCGUCAUCCCCAGGCUUCUGCCGACACCUGCCAGGCAAGGCGAUCUUGUCAUCUCGGCAGCAACUGGGUCAGGCAAAACCUUGGCCUAUGUUUUGCCCAUGAUUCGGGACGUGAGUCUAGGUUCGGUAACGAAGCUGCGAGCCCUUAUAGUGGUUCCGACUCGAGAACUUGUCCGGCAGGUCCACGAGGUCUGUAUCAUCUGUGCCGCCGCUUACGCGCGGCAGCCGGGGCGGAAAGCGGUCAAAAUCGGGACGGCCGUAGGCAACCAGGCCUUCAAGAGGGAGCAGGAGAGCCUGGUGGACGAGGAGUUGCGCUAUGACCCGCGGGGCUACCAAAGCAUAGUUGAGGCUCGCAAAUGGGACAACCUGAGAAAGCGCGAGCUCGAGGAACUGGAGUUUGACCUACUGGAUCUUGUAGACAAGCCUCUGCCGCUGGUCAACCACGUGGUAGAUGUGGUCUCCAAGGUGGACAUUCUCAUUUGCACGCCCGGCAGACUGGUCGAGCACAUCGGGCGGACGCCUGGAUUUGACCUGAGCUACGUCCGCUGGCUCGUCGUCGAUGAAGCUGAUAAGCUGCUUGAGCAGAGCUACCAGCAAUGGCUAGAUGUGGUCAUGGAGAAGCUCGCGGUGGAGUUCCCGGGCGCCAGGGAUUUCCCGCUUCAGAAUAAAUCUGGUGUCCGAAAAGUCAUCCUCAGCGCAACCAUGACGCGGAACGUCAGCCUGCUAAGCAAGCUGAGGCUGCGGCGACCCGAACUAAUUGUCCUCGAGGGAGGCGAGAUCAACGGCGCCCCCGCCGAGUCGUCAUCCUAUGAGCUAGCUCUGCCAGAGCUACUCCAGGAGUCUGCCAUCAAGAUCCGCGACCCGGAGCAGAAGCCCAUGUACCUGAUCGACCUGUUGACUGGCGAGUAUAUGCGAUCAGGUAUCUGCCAGACCGAAUCUGGGAAGAUGCCGCGCGCAAAGGCCGACGUGGAGACUGCCGAUGAAAGCAGCGAUGACUCUGACGAUCCCGACUCGUCUGACACUUCUUCAUCAGGCUCCGAGUCGGACGCCUCCGAUACCUCACCAUCGGGAUCUGAUUCGGACUCGGACUUGUCUCCCGCGGACGACACGAUGGACACGGUUCUCAUCUUUACAAAGUCCAACGAGACAGCGCUUCGUCUAUCCCGUCUCCUCGAGAUAAUGGCACCAAGUCGUCUUGCGUCGCGCAUAGGCACACUCACGUCGACUACCCGCACAUCAGAACGCAAAAAGGUGCUUCGAGCCUUCCACUCAGCCAAGCUGCGGGUUCUUGUCGCCUCGGACCUUGUGGCGCGCGGACUAGACCUUCCCAACCUGGACCACGUGGUCAACUACGACAUGCCGCCCAGCGUGAGGGCCUACGUGCACCGCGUGGGCCGCACGGCGCGUGCCGGCCGGCCCGGGAGGGCGUGGACCUUCUUCACCAAGACCGAGGCCGGCUGGUUCUUUGCCGAGGUCGCAAGCCAGCAGGCAGGGAAGAGGAUCGGGAACGCGGGCGGCAGUAGCGGGCCUUCCAUCGCGCGCUCGAGGAGGGUCGAGACGGUCAAGAUCACAGCCAGGAGGUCGGCCGAGGACAUGGAGGGUGGUGUGCGCGGUGACUUCAGUGAGGCGCGCGUCACCGAGUACGAGAAUGCCCUCGAAUCGCUUGGCAAGGAAGCCAAGGAAUUGCGAGAGAAGUGAUCCUUACCUGAUGUUCUGGUCGCUAACGCCCACAACAAGACUAUACCGGGAGGACGCCAAGCCCGAGGAGAGUCCUUUGUUCUUCCUAGCACCUAAUACUAGCACUGCGAGAUAGCAAAGAUUUGCUUCCCAGCAUGCUUCCGCUGAAGACCUAAAGACACUUGAUCAUGAAAUCUCUGACGGUGUUCCUCACUCAAGCGAUCCCGGCUAGCCCCUGGAUGCUUCCUGAAGCUUCCACUGCUCUCCCCGCGUAGGCACAUGCCAUGACAUAAUCCCAGCAUGGCGGCCCCUAAUAUGCUCCACUAAAAAGUUGGCGGCGGCCUUACUUACCCCUCCAAAAUUU